GCCAGUGACGUCGGGAGUUUUCCUCAAAGUCAAUAACGAACCUGGCGAAGGCGGCGGCAGGAAUCGAGCCGAGCGCUGGGCCCCGGGCCACUCCGGGUGAAUUCAGUCGGGAAAGAGCAGCCGCCGCUCCUAACUCCCUGGAUGCUGCGGCCGAGCUGCCCGGGCGGGCGCCUCCCUAAAUAGCGGGAGAGCCACUAUCGAUGUAGCCGCCGCCCCGCCUGCAUCUCUCAGAACGCCGCUAGCCUGGAGUCGAAAACCUUCGCAAACCACAACCAAGGUAGACCGUCGCAGCCGUGAAGGACUCACCCCCGGCAGGGGGGACAAGGGAGGAGAGAUCGUGGGCGCCCCCCUGCCCGGAGACCCGCUUCCGCCCCAAACGGCCGGCACCCGCCACCCUCGCCUUUUGCUGCAGGCUGCUUUAAAAUAUUGGAAAGUCAGAAGAAUAAAGGAACUCUAAAAGUAAUACUGCAAAAUAUUCUUUAAUCUGAAGGCUCAGUAGAGCCAUCAUGAGCGAUGUUACAAUUGUGAAAGAAGGCUGGGUUCAGAAAAGAGGGGAAUACAUAAAAAAUUGGAGGCCAAGAUACUUCUUAUUGAAGACAGAUGGCUCCUUCAUAGGAUAUAAGGAGAAGCCGCAAGAUGUGGAUCUACCAUAUCCUCUUAACAACUUUUCAGUAGCAAAAUGCCAACUAAUGAAAACAGAGCGACCAAAACCGAACACAUUUAUUAUUCGAUGUCUUCAGUGGACCACUGUGAUAGAAAGAACAUUUCAUGUAGAUACUCCAGAAGAACGGGAAGAAUGGACAGAAGCCAUCCAAGCAGUAGCAGACAGACUUCAGAGGCAAGAAGAAGAAAGAAUGAAUUGCAGCCCAACAUCCCAGAUUGACAACAUUGGAGAAGAAGAGAUGGAUGCCUCGACAACCCACCAUAAAAGAAAGACAAUGAAUGAUUUUGAUUACUUAAAACUACUUGGCAAAGGCACUUUUGGCAAAGUUAUUCUGGUCCGGGAGAAGGCAAGUGGGAAAUAUUAUGCUAUGAAAAUUUUAAAAAAGGAAGUUAUUAUUGCAAAGGAUGAAGUGGCUCACACACUUACAGAAAGUAGAGUAUUGAAAAACACUAGACAUCCUUUUCUAACAUCUUUGAAAUAUUCAUUCCAGACCAAGGAUCGAUUAUGUUUUGUGAUGGAAUAUGUCAAUGGAGGAGAGCUGUUUUUCCAUUUGUCGAGAGAGCGGGUAUUCUCUGAGGAUCGCACACGCUUCUAUGGUGCAGAAAUUGUGUCUGCUUUGGACUAUCUGCAUUCUGGAAAGAUUGUAUAUCGUGAUCUCAAGUUAGAAAAUCUAAUGCUGGAUAAAGAUGGACACAUAAAAAUUACAGAUUUUGGACUUUGCAAAGAAGGAAUCACAGAUGCAGCUACUAUGAAAACAUUCUGUGGUACUCCAGAAUAUUUGGCUCCAGAGGUUUUGGAAGACAAUGAUUAUGGUCGCGCAGUGGAUUGGUGGGGCCUUGGAGUUGUUAUGUAUGAAAUGAUGUGUGGCAGAUUGCCAUUCUACAAUCAGGAUCAUGAAAAACUUUUUGAACUCAUUCUGAUGGAAGAUAUAAAAUUUCCUCGAACUCUCUCAUCUGAUGCAAAAUCAUUGCUUUCAGGUCUCUUGAUAAAAGAUCCAAAUAAACGUCUUGGUGGAGGACCAGAUGAUGCUAAAGAAAUUAUGCGACACAGCUUCUUUGUUGGAAUAAAUUGGCAAGAUGUAUAUGAUAAAAAGCUUGUUCCUCCUUUUAAACCACAAGUGACAUCUGAGACUGACACCAGAUACUUUGAUGAAGAGUUUACUGCUCAAACUAUUACAAUAACACCACCGGAAAAAUAUGAUGAAGAUGGCAUGGACUGCAUGGACAAUGAGAGACGACCACAUUUCCCUCAGUUUUCUUAUUCUGCAAGUGGACGGGAAUAACUUCCUGUUUUGUAUUCCUGCUAUAGAGACAUACUCAAUUUAUCACUGAAAAUGAUUCCUGAACAUCACCACCAGUCCUUGUUAUUAUUUAGGAGAGCAGAGCACUUUCAGAAAUCAUUCCAAAUUGACCAAGUUCCUUUUUUGAUUAUCAGCUUAUUUGAUUUAUCUGCAUGAGGUGUUACAUUGGUCUAAGCUGACCUGCUGUUACUGCUGUUUCAGCAUGACAGUCAUAGCAAAAAGCAAUCCCCAGAUAUUAGAAGGAAAAUUCUCAAUUGUGUGCACAACCAGCUCUUGUUCCCUUGCCUUCUCAGAGCAGAGGUUAAAGGACAUGCUGGUCUGUGAAUACAGUCCUUGUUCCCUUUUAAAAGGCAGAUCAAAAUUUUAAAACGUGAUUAAUUUGGAUAUUUUCUCAAGCUGAUUGGAGCUUGACAGAACUAGAAAAUACUACAAGGUGGAUGUGUACAUAUGCAAGCUUUUGGUAGAUAUAUGUCAUCACUUGAAUCAGUUUUAUCUUUAACGCGGAUAAAAACAUUCAGGCAAAGGUCCUAUAAUUGUGUGUGUAUAUGUGUGCACACACACAUACACAUGCUCACACACAAAGAUAGAUAAGAUAUAUGUAUAAUUAUAUAUAAUUAUUUUUUAACUGUUGGAUACUACCCAAGAAGCAAAAUAUCUGGGAUCACCAGUUUCCCACUUAGACUUCCAGAAUCAUGUGCAAUUAUGGAGAAUGGGACAUUUAAAUGGAAGAAAUUAUAACAUGAAAGCAGCAAGUGAUGUUUCAACCUGUUAUGAUUUGUGUCUUGUGCUUUCCGUUUUCUUUGUUGAUAUUCAUCACCCCUGGAGGCUGAAGAACUUAGACAAGCUUAACAACAUUGCUUUCCACCAAAAUUUGUAUGUUUUUAUGUUUUUCUGAGUUUAUGAACUAGUUUUUUUUUCUUCUGAUAUUUUAAUUGAAUAUUUUGUUACACUUCAGUAGUAUUUAUUUUUAGUGACAAUGAUUGUAUGUGUCAUGUUUGCAAUGCUGCUACAUCCUAGAAAAGGCUUGCAAUUUAUUUUAUAAUGUACGGAAGAACUGUACAAGCUGAACAAAAGAAUGCACUUUUUUCUAUAUGAAAAUGUUAAAAUUCUGAAAGUGUACCUUGUACUUAGAAUUUGGUUUUUAUAGUUAAACUGUUUCAUUACAGUCAAGAAAAAAAUCCCCAACCCAUGUAUCCCAAUUGUUUGCACAGUCUUUACUGAAGUUGAAUGUUGUAUAGAAGUUGGAUAACCUUCAAAAAAUUUAAGUUACCAAGGCCACAAUGAUUACAAGAAAUGCAUUGUAAAGUUUUCAAACAUUUAGUUAGUUUGAUAGGAGUAUCUGUUUUAAAAUACCGUAUUAGUUCUAGCCAUGACAGAUGCAACAUUUUUAGUAAACCUAUUUCUCAAAAUAUUUAUUAAAUAGGAUGUUUGAAUAUUUAUUUUUUCAUUUAAAAGAUUUUAAAAAAUAAACAUGAUGAAAGGCAAUUUAUGACAUGGCCUUUGGUGAUGGGAGUUGAGAUUUUCUAAAGGAGCUAAUAAGUGUAAUAAUGUAUGCCAGAUUAGUCCUGAAGGAUGAUCUGUGGGAUUAUAACUGACGAUUCUUGACUUCAUUCUUUGUAACUCCUAUAAUCUUUUAAGCUCUUAUAUGACUUGUCUAAGUCUUAAGAAAAUUGCCCUCAAGACUUUAAAAAAUAUUUACAUGCAGUUGUAUCCAUCUCUUGAUGCAGAAAAUGUACAUAAUUUGAAGUAUCACUGCAGGCAGUGGAACAUGUUAGGGUUAUCAAGAGGCAUGUGGGCAUUUUAUUCAGGCAGCUAGGAUAAAUCUAUGCUUUAAAGAAAUAAGGUAGGUGUCAUUGUACUUCUACACUAUAGUAGGUCAGAAAUACUGUGUAUCGCUUGUGUGGAAUGAUUAUAGAAUAAGACAACUUCUGCAUUAUUAAAAAUUGCGAAGCAGUAAGGAACAGUCAGAAAGAAUGAGAAAUUUAGUUUAUGAUCAGUGUCUUAGUACUAUGUAUUAAAUACGAGUACACUCUUUCUUUAAUAAUAGUUCAGCAGUACUAAUAUGCAAAUAUUUCUUUGAUCUUCAGAUGGACAAGAUAGUUAAUUAGGACCGCUUCUCUCCUUUUGGUGUGGAUAAAUAAGAGAAGUCAGGAGUCUUACAUGCCAAAUGGAUGAGGUCAUGUACUAUCAUCAUUUUUCUACCUGAAAUAUGCCAGCCUAAAUUAAUAAAAAAAAUCCUGACAUAAGAUACAUUUCUUCUCCUGUGCAGCCCUUAUAUAAAUGUCUGCACAGGGAUCAGUCUUGCUGGAUUGGAACAGGCGUGGCUUUCCACAGUUCAGCACAUUUAUUGAUUAGGCUGGUGUGUACCUAGGCCAUUUUAGUUUACUCAUACUUAUGUUAUACAUAAUCAUUAAGCAGAUGUAGUUUAGUAUUAUACUAAAGUAUAGAGCAGCCACAGUUGAACAGACUGUUUAAGGGACAGGGGUAUUCAUUAAAUUUGAAAGUCCGUUAAACUCUCAGGUUGUCCUCUGCCUCCAACCAUCCACACCCCACUUUCCUUGCUUUCUAGCCUUCCUAGAGAUGAACUACAGGAAAAAGCACUUUCAAAUCCACCCCUUCAAGGGAAGUAGUUGUUCCUAGCAUCAGUCUUUGAGAUGUUUGAUGACACUUUUCUCUCUUGCUCCUUUCACCAAGGAAGCAGUGGCCAGAACUGCAGGUGAGGGAAGGGGAAGGAGUCACAGCUGUUGUUCCUCCUCACAACACCUCCCCAGCCUCUUUUCCUCAGCCCAGCUCAGCCCCACCCCUCCUCCUCCCAUCGUCUGCCAGGUUUUCUCAGUUCCCUUUUCUCCUUGACCCUCCCAGGAACUCCACCAUUAAAUAUGUACAAUAUACACCCACCACCCGCCUCACCAUCCUUGCAUUUUUUGUCUCCUAGAAGUUACACAGGAAACAUAUCCAUUUUUGAGUGUUUAGUAGCAACUGCUGUCCAGACCAUUCCCCAAACAAGAAGUCUGUUAUUUUGGGAUAUUGCCCACAUGGAAAUUUUGUUCAUUCUGUCCAAAGUCCAUUAGUCCUGCACUAUUUGUGAUGGUCAGUGGUAAAUUAUUUUUUAAACGUGCCAUUGGUCAGUCAGUAUGGAGGAAUAACAUUCCAUGCAAUCCCAUUUUUACAUUAUACAAAUAUUGUAUUUUACGUUCUCAUUAAUACUAUUUUUAUGAUGACUUGAUUUUUUUAAGUUAUAAUCCUAUCUGAUUUCUACCCAUUGCUUUCAGAGUUUUGAUGUGUUGGCCAGGGAACUUAAUGUAGUAAAACUAUAGAGAUUAAGAAAAAAAAGGAAAUCUUGACAUACAUAAAAUAGAAUUUUAUGAUCUUUUUCUUUGGUUUUGUAUAAGAGAUAUUUUACCUUUUACAAUUAGCCCCAGAUUCUAGAUUAGUAACACUUGAUUAUUAAUAUUUUAUCAAAAACAACAGACCAGUUAUGCUAGUACGCAAGAAAAUAUGAAAGCAAAUAUGAACUCUUUUUGUUAUGCUGUCUACUCAACAUAAAAUAAUUAAUGAGUAGCUGUGUAUAAAAUGAGGCCAAUGUAUACUUGUUUUUCUUAUCUGUUGUAUACCAAGCUGCCUCAUUUAGGAUGCUCAUUCCACCAAUAUUAGGUAAAUGAGGCUCAAUUCGGUUUUUCCAUCCUCGCUACGCUCACUUUUUAACAGAGUUUUAGGUUUUUAAUAAGGUUUCAAUGUCUCACCCUUUCUCAAUAUAUAAUAUGGAUAGAUGAGAGUGGUAUUUAUAAAUAUUAACACUCCUAAACUCAUCUUGCCAAUCAACCUGAUGUGCUAGUUCAGAAGAAAUUAGCUUUUGUUCAAAGGAUCAGAAAUAUUUUCUAUCAUCUCGUUGUACAGGCAUAUUAUUUCAAACAUUUGAAUGAUCCCAUCUCUAUUGCAGGGUGCAAACAUUGGGCUUCAGAAGAUAAUAUUUUAGCAUAACUGUAGUAUUGACCAAGGAACACAUUGUAUUUUGUGCAACACUGAUGGGAUCAGGCAAUUACUCCAAGAUCAUUCAUAUUCAAUAGUGAAUGGGCUCUACCAUUCUGAACUAUCCAUUGCUUACAUCCUAGAUUACUUUUUAGAUCAUUACUAUAAAUGAAUGCUUUGAUAACAUAUUUUUGCUGUUCUGGUUUUUUUUUUUGAAAAAUUCACAAAUGAAUUUUUUUU